UAUUUCAUGGGCUAUCUAGAUUUUGAACUUGAAAAACCAAAACAAUCAAAGUUCAAAAAAGCACGCCAAAUGCAUAAACACUACUGCUUACAAUGGCAUGUUCGUUUUCGUGUUUCAGCCUUGUCUCCAUAUGGGGCAACCACCUCCGACGUACUUUCUCCGCCGCCGGCCUCUCCGCCCAAACCGUCGACGUAGACCCCGAAACCACCGUUCACUUUUGGGGACCGAAAUCACCCGACCCAACCAACCCCAAACCACCACUCGUUUUACUCCACGGAUUCGGCCCCGACGCCCACUGGCAAUGGCACCCACAAGCGGCGUUUUUCGCCCACGAAUUCGCCCUUUACGUACCCAACCUCGUGUUUUUCGGCAACUCCACUACUAAAUCGUCGGAGAGGUCGGAGAUUUUCCAGGCCAUUUCGGUCGGAAAGCUACUCGAGAAGCUCGGCGUGAAGCGGUAUUACGUGGUGGGGACAAGCUACGGGGGAUUCGUGGCGUACCGUAUGGCGGCAAUGUGGCCGGAGAGGGUGGCGAAGGUGGUGGUAGCGAGUUCCGCAGUGAAUAUGAGGCAGAAGGAUAACGUGGAGUUUUUGGAGAAGAGAGCGAAGACGGAGAAACUAGAGGAGUUGAUGUUGCCGACAACGGCGGCACAGCUGAAGGUUUUGCUUGGUCUUUAUACGAACCGGCGACCCUGCUGCUUGCCCGAUUUCUUGUUGAAUGACGUCAUUCGUACACUGUACUCAGAAAACAGGAAGGAGAAGAUGGAACUCCUUGGGGGAUUAACCAUUGGAAAGGACAACACAGUAAAUUUAUCCCCUCUUCAUCAGGAGGUGUUGAUUGUGUGGGGAGACCAUGACCAGAUAUUUCUAUUGGAAAAAGCUACUGAACUCAAGGAGCUUUUGGGGGAGAAGGCAAGAUUGGAAGUGAUAAAGGACACGGCUCACGCGCCCCAAAUUGAAAACCCAGGGCAAUUCAACAACAUUGUCUACAAGUUCUUAUUUGGGUCCUCCUCGUUACCGAAGCAAACUGCAUGAUUGAGGAAGAUUCGUUUACCGAGAUUUUUUUUUUCCAUUCACGCGUCGUGAAUCAUUGCAUUUAGUCGUUUAUUGAGGCUUUGAGUAUGUGAUUUUAUAUUGAGAUAGAAAUAUAUGCGUGGAUUAUUCGAUAGGAUUCAACAAAGCAUGGCUUAACAAUAGACUGAAAUUCAAGA